AUGGACCCACUCUCGUUAGUCUCGAGUGUCGUCACUGUUGUACAGAUCUUCACGCAAACUAUCCGUCGCCCAAUAGAUCUUGUUGACUUAUACGGGGUAUUUGGAAUCUUCUUAUACUUGUUCGGUAGUCGAACGACCUGGCGUACUGAAGCACACGUGCUUGGGACUGUGAGCGACGACGAUGCACUCAAUUUCAAGAAGUCGGUCCAGGACGAGUGCACUAUGAUAUCUGUAGCGGCAGCUAUCGUAGCUCAGAUUGCAAUUACCGGUUUAUCCUUGGACAAUCUCAGUCAGACACACUGGAUUGUAAAGGCAUCCUUUGUUUUCAGCAUCAUAUCCUCAUUAAUAGCAGUAUACUAUGCUUCCACUCAACAACGAGUGAUGGGACGACUACUACAGGCGAAACAAGUACGAGGUUGGAUUCGAGGCAGAGUUUCUGCACAGAGAGGCGAUUCUCUUUGGCAAAUCAAAAGAUCACAUAAAUUUCGAGGCGAUCCAACUGACUAUAUUACACUAGCAUCGAGCAGAGGAAAUUUAUCGCCCGAUAUCAUAGAGCAGUGCUUUACUCCAAGUAUAGUAUCCGUCAUCACGAUAUCAGCACCGCAGAUUCUUCUAUCAGCCUCACUUCUCUCUUUACUACUUGCGCUUGGAAUGUAUUUCGGCUUUGUCUGGACUCGACACCUUGACGUAGACACUGGGAAAGACGACAGCAGAAAUGUGCUGAUCUUCUAUUUGAUCACAUUAACCCUGUGCUUUGCAGUAUACUCCGUUUCCCGACUUAUUCAGGAUGAUGAUGUAAGAACCGAGAGAAUGAUUCUUUUGGAGUAUGCUGGGGACUUUUUAGAAAAAUACGCUGAUGUUGCGUGUGUUGGAGACCGUACUGAAGGUGUCGCUGGUGAGCCCAGUGAUGCGCCCACCUCAGAAGCUGCAAACAUUGCGUAG